UCAUCUUGCAGAGUAUUUCGUCCCUAAGACGUAAGUUGUAUAUAUAGAAGACCCCAAAGUAUAGAUUCCUUACAACAGCGAAACGCACGUAAAUAUUCGUUGGGCGUUGAGUGACCUGGAGGUGGACGAUCUAUUCAAAACGAGUUACUAUACUGUUCCAAGGUGCUCUGUUCUGUAAGACCAAUGAAAUGCUACUUAAAAGCAAUGCACGCAGUAAUGUUAAAACCGACCUUGGGGGUGUGCACUUGUAGAGUAAGGUACUUAACCUCUUAAAAAAAAAAAGCUAAUAAGGUACGGGUGAUAGAAUGCAGCUGGUGUGUGGGGUCAGCAUCAACGUUUGCUGCACGGGGAAGAGAAGUGACUUUGAUCAGCGUGGUCCAUGAAGGAACAAGAAACGCGACAGUGGAUGGAUGUCUUAGCAGGAAUCUUCCCCUACCGAAAAAAAGAAGAAGAAAUGAAAAGAGAGAAAAAAAGGGAAGAAUAAAAAACCAGAAAACAUGAAAAAUUAAACAGAGCGACCAUUAAUUAUAAUUAUUCGCGGAAAAGAAGAACUUGAAAGGGCGUAUGGCUAUGGUUACGUUGCCGCGCUUCAAACGUCACGCGGAGGCACGCAAAAACCAUUUCGAUAGGACGGAAACUCAAGUGAACAACAUUGUGAUUGGCCAUCGCACUUCAUCUAUAGUGGGAAAACGACGCACUUAUCUCGCGCUUUAAUCAGGUGGAGGGGUGCCCAGGUUCCCUCUUGAGUGUUACUGUUUGUGUCGCAAUUCUGCCAAGUCUCUCGCCAAGACAGUCUUGUGUACAGUGGCGUACACAACAACGUGGCGACGAGGAUAAGACAGCACCAUGGCUACCGCAGGACAGAUGGCAGACGCAAAGAAGAAGCACAAAAUACGCCGUGAUUUUCACAACCGGGAACAGCGUGAAGGAGAGAGCAUUUCGGAGUUCUACAAGGAGCUAAUGUCGCUUGCAUCAUCGCACGGGGACAUUUCUAAUGAAGCUAUAUGCUCCACUUUCAUUCGGGGACUCCGUGAAGAAUGGAUCUACAUUGAACUUGAGAAGAUGAAGGGCCCUGAUAUAGACACACUUUACAAGAAGGCCAUUGAAUUGGAGGCUGAAUCACACCGUGGAAGAGAAAUGAGUCAAUGUAUUCCUGCGACACCUGAACCGUCACAAGUACAACAGAAGGCAUCGCAAGAGCAAGCACUACAGCACGCAGACGCACCGACGGCGGCUGGCACAUCGAACUGUUCGUACAAAUACGGCAAAGAUAUUAAAGCUGGACGAGCAGAGGUACCGGAAGACGUCGAGCACAAGAUUCGUAAACAACUCUGUUUGAUAUUUAACUGUGAGAAAUUCCCACACGACCCUAAACCCUACCCUGAAGGAUCACACAAGGACGUGGAUAAGAUCAAAGAUGUGUUCAGCCGCCUUGGAUGCGAGGUCACGGUCAAACGAGAUCUCGAAGCAAGCGAGAUGGAGAUGGAGUUGAAGAAAGUGGCCACGGACAGGAAUAGAAUCGACGACGACUGUUUCGUCUGUUUCGUGCUAAGUCACGGGAAGCGGGGAGAGAUCAAAACAUGGGGUGGCUCCAUCAAGUUGCAAGGACUGGUAGACCCCUUCAUGUCCGAGGAAGCUGCACACUUUCGCGGAAAGCCCAAGAUAUUCUUCGUUCAGGAGUGUCAGUACAUCGGAAAGGAUGAGAAGAACGCUGAGAACCCCGUGGAGUGGAGCUACGAUAUCCCCACGUAUCCCGAGCUACUUUUCGCCAUUGCGCCACCACCAGGCUUCGUUUCAUAUCGGCUGGAAAGAGAGGGAACCAUCUACAUGCAAACGCUGUGCAACAUCUUCGACAGCAGCAUCACGUCUGAAGACGCGUCUCCUGAUCUAGAAACCCUGAUGAAUGCCGUGAACCGAUACGUCUCGCGCGAGAUCAAAACCGACUGUAAGGGGGAACCAAAUUACCACAGGAAAAAGCAAGCACCCUGCAUCUUUUCUACUUUGACCAAGAAAGUGGUCUUUUCGAAACAUCCAUAGUCUAGCAAUGUACCUGGAACGUCUUCGUAGUCCAGAGUGCAGUGCAUGUGCGACCUUGUACUUUCACUGUUCUACUCUUGUGCACUGUAAGUACUGAUUCCAGUAAGAGAAUAAAUAAGUUGGUCCGUA